ACUCUGGACAAGGCCAUCUUCUCACACAGCAAUGGCGCCCACACUCGCUACCGCCCAUCGCCGGCGUUGGUGGAUGGCGUUCACAGCCAUCAUCGAGAACCUGCUCUUCUCUGCUGUCCUGCUGGGCUGGGGGUCCCUUCUCAUCAUGCUGAAAGCAGAAGGGUUUUAUUCCUACUUGUGCACUGAGUCAGAAAAUGCCACCAGCAGCCCUGAACAUGAGAACAGCACAGCUUUGGAGCACAAAUGGCCUUCCUGCAAUGCCCAGGAUGAAAUGCUGAACUUGGCCUUCACCAUUGGGUCCUUCCUCCUCAGUGCGAUCACGCUGCCCCUGGGGAUUGUCAUGGACAAGUAUGGCCCUCGCAAGCUGCGGCUGCUUGGCAGUGCCUGCUUUGCUGUGUCCUGUGUGCUGAUCGCGUAUGGUGCCAGUAACCCAGACUCUCUGUCUGUGCUGAUAUUCAUUGCGCUGGCUCUGAAUGGCUUUGGUGGGAUGUGUAUGACCUUCACAUCGCUUACGCUGCCCAACAUGUUUGGUGACCUUCGUUCCACGUUCAUUGCUCUGAUGAUUGGCUCCUAUGCUUCCUCUGCUGUGACUUUUCCAGGAAUCAAGGUUAUAUAUGACUUUGGGGUCUCCUUCAUCCUUAUUCUGCUUGUCUGGGCAAGCUGUGCAGGACUAGUUUUCCUCAACUGUUUCUUCAAUUGGCCACUGGAGCCUUUCCCAGGACCAGAAGACAUGGACUAUUCGGUGAAAAUAAAGUUCAGCUGGCUGGGAUUUGACCAUAAAAUCACUGGGAAGCAGUUUUACAAGCAAGUAACAACUGUGGGACGCCGUCUCAGCGUGGGGAGCUCCAUGAAGGGCCAAAAGGAGCCAACAGCCUUGCAAGAGAACAACAAACUCUGUCUGUCUACGGUGGACCUAGAAGUGAAGUGCCAGCCUGACAAUACAGCUUCUCCCUCCUUCAUGAAGAGUGUCUUCAGUCCUAUUUUGUUGCUCAGCCUUAUCACCAUGUGUGUCACUCAGCUGCGGCUCAUCUUCUACAUGGGAGCCAUGAAUACCAUCCUUGAGUUUCUGUCUGGAGAUGAAGAUAAAGUGGCUCUCUACACUUCCAUUUUUGGGGUAUUGCAACUGCUGUGCUUGCUGACGGCGCCUGUGAUCGGGUACAUCAUGGACUGGCGACUGACAGAAUGCGACGAUGGCUCAGAAGAGAAUGAGGAGAGCAACGCUGAGCAAAAUAAGAAGAAAAAGAAAAAACGUGAUCGUCAGAUCCAGAAAAUCACCAAUGCCACUAAUGCCUUUGCAUUCACAAAUGUCCUGCUGGUUGGAUUUGGAAUCACCUGUCUUAUUCCUAAUCUACCAUUGCAGAUUCUUUCCUUCAUUUUGCACACAAUUGUGAGAGGAUUCAUCCACUCGGCUGUGGGAGGCCUCUACGCAGCUGUAUACCCCUCUACUCAGUUUGGCAGUUUGACAGGGUUGCAGUCGUUGAUCAGUGCCCUCUUCGCCCUUCUGCAACAGCCUCUUUUUAUGGCGUUGACGGGACCUUUGGAAGGAGACCCUCUCUGGGUGAACGUUGGCUUGCUUGGCGUGAGCUUGCUGGGUUUCUGCCUUCCAAUCUACCUGGUCUGCUACAGACGCAGGCUAGAGAGAGAAAAAAAGCAGAAGAUGGAUGAUGCCAAACUUUUCUUCAAAAUCAAUGGCACUCCCAAUGAGGAAGCCUUUGUUUAAACUGGUGCUUCAAACCUGUACAGGUUCCUACCACAUCCGUGGGUUCUACCUGUGGUCUAAGCCAGGCUUCUCUCCUGGCGCUGCCAGUCUUUGCUCAUCACUGGAGUGAGGGCUGGACAUCGUGACUGAGCUUUCUUGAGAUACACAGCAGACUUCCCACUCCUCACUCCAGAACAUGGGACACUUUUCCUUUUUAUAAAGGCCACACAGAUAUUGUGUCUUAAAUUAUCCCCUGAUCACACUCUCCAGCAGCAGAGUCUCUGCAUAGGAAUUGGAGAGAGAAGGAAGAGAGGGAUGGGAAAAGAGGGAAGAAAGACCAUCAUUUAAGUUUGCAAAUGUAACCCACUGAAGUCUGUUUUUUUUUUUUCCUCUCUCUUCCCCCAACCUUAGCUGACAUUGUCUCAGAUGCAAGCUGCACCCUCUCCCUCCCUGAGGCUUCAUAAUGGUCUUGCUACUUGAUAUGUAGCUGGACCCAGUGGUUUUAACUGUCUACCCAGACAUACCCCAGACUGUUUGAGGCAGGGAAGGGGAUUUUAUUCCUAUGUGUAUGAGCACAGCUUCAGUGUAUUGCUAAACGUUGGCUGCUAGCACUGACAGCUCCCAAACCUUUUAUUACUGCAAAUGACACAGACUGUGAGCAAUGGAUCUGCCUUCCACACUGAAAUGAAGAGCCCAGUGGACUGCUUGGUCCUACAUGAAGCCUUCAGAGGCCUGGAAUUCCUCUUCUUCCUGGCCUGCAAACCCCCUGUAUGUGUUUUAAACUGUCUGCAGACCUGGAACCUUUGAGAUAGGAAUUGGAUCUCGUUUACCGAUGAAGUGCUUUGAGACUUGUUGCCUUUUGCCUCUUCUUCCCUCCAACGUGAACCUAGGAGAGGAGCAGCAGUGUGUAUUUAAUAACAUGGAGAAGCUUCUUGAAGCUGAGUUCUGGGGCUCCCAAUACCUUGGUGUUCAUGUGUCAUGAGUUGACUUGCUGUUGAAAAGAAUCGAGAGUGCAGAACACUCCUUUGUCUGGUAACUGGAUCCUGUGGACAUACGGCAGGGUGAUGUGGUGAUGUAAUUCUUCCUCUAGCCAUAGUUUAUUUACAUUGUUCUGAUAAUUGGCCCCAAGCUGCUGAACACCAGGUUACUGUGACUGACCAAAAAGCUGCCAGUUUGGCUGCAUUAAGAGCCUCCUAUGAUGUUGAUGCUCUGUCUGGACAGAGUACGUGGUGAUGAUCGUAUGGUGAAGCUGACUUACAGAGCAAUAUGUGUGGAUAAAGGUGCCCCAGACCUGUUCACCAUGGAAGGAAUAGAAAGGGAAUUCUUAACCGGCUUAUUUUUUAUAGAGGUUUUCCUAAGUCUUGUCUAAAGUUGACUUUUCUGCCCUUAACCUUCUUGUUGAGAUCGGUAGCUCAGCCUCUGUAGCCUUGUGACUAGCGUUAACCA